AUGGCCUCGCAGCUGACCACUAUCUUUGGCCCAAACCCCAACAUCUCUUUCUUCCCUGAGCGACGGGUUCGCGCCAUCAGUCAGCGAUUGGGCCACAACCGGCUCGAUCAGCUACUAGAUGAAAUACGCGCGGUGGUUGCAACCAAGGUCAAAAAUAGUUGUGCCAUCCCUCAGUCAUAUAUACAACGACACCUGGGCACCGGAAAGAUCCAAGUCCCGAGUCGUGACAUUAUCGACGGACACAUUUCUGGUACCUGCGCCUUGACUGACCUCUUCUAUUCUCUUGCUGGCAAUAAUAACCCUCUUGCAGCCUACUUUGACUCGAUACAUCCGAUCUAUCCAUUUCUUUGUCCAGAUACCUUUCGUGCGCGUGUAGCGUCGCAGGAUUUGGUCCAAUCACUAGGAACAGAUAAGGUUUGGGCAGCACUAUUCUACGCAAUAGUGGCGAUUGGGUGUCAGAACAAUGAAGGAGGAAGCUUUGAUACUGGUGUGGGGGAAGCCUGGUCAUACUUCGAACGGUCGUUGUCAUGUUUCCAGGAUCUCCUCUUCGGAAGAGGCUCAUUGACUGCAGUCCAAGCACUCCUCGCCAUGGCCAUAUUUUCAUCGACAGUGUCUGCGUUCAACUUCGAACCCUUAAUGCUAACAGAGGCUGCCGUUAUGGCACAAGGUUUAGGGUAUCAUCGUUCGAAUAGUGCACAAGAAGGUCCGUGCCGUCGCACGUUCUGGGUGCUCUACUAUAUGGAGAAGACAUCCUGCUUUGCGACUGGUAAAACUUCGGUAUUGGAUGAUGCCAACAUAAGCUGUGCAAUUCCCGAUAUGAUGGAGUCCACUUUCCACGACUAUGACUGGUUCUUUAACUUCGUCAAAUAUGCUCGUCUAGUCUCCAAGAUUCACCAAUCUCUCUUCACAAUCAGCUCGGUUAGUCAGCCGCUGUCCAACUAUAACUCUGUGGUUGAGAGCCUACGUAUAGAAUUGGAAGCCUGGCGCGCGACCAUUCCGACCCGGUUUCGGCCAGGCGAAAAAUUCAAAUCUCGUUCUUUGCACGAGCCCCUGGCGGUCCAAAUUGCUUUGAUUACCCACUUCCUUUAUUUGAACGCUCUCCUUACACUGUCGUGGACCGUCCUUCACUACGGAGCCGUCCGUUUGGGGUCAACACAACAGGAAUUUAUGAAGCGCGACUUGAUGCGGACUGCUCGAAGUGUCCUCGAGCUCACCGUGCACAUCGAGGUAGCGCCUUCCACACCGGUCUGGAUACUCGCUGUCUUGCCACUAUCAUCGCUGAUGAUCUUAUUCGACCUGGUGGUCCACAACGCCAACCACCCGGAAACUGGUCUCAGCCUCGCUCUUCUCGACAUCGCCGGCGGGCACUUUAGUAGGCUAGAAUAUGCCAGCAAUGGUGCCCUUCCGGGAUCUCUAAUAGCAGAGUUUGCCCAUCUUGCUCGUCAAUACGUUUCCGAGACCCGCAAGCCCAAGUCUAUGUCCAGAGACUCCAAUGAGAGUAGCAUUUCAUUUCAGGCUCAGGACCGGGUAGGAACCUCUCCGUCCGCGCCAGAACCCACAACCAGUGUCGCCCCCGCAGAUCCAACGGGGCUGGUUGCGCCGGCGGUGCUCCCGCAGGGGCCGGAACCUGUCGCUUCAGAAGCUCCCGGGGUCAUGCAACCUUGGAGCCCUGCUUCUCUUGAUCGGAGUGAAGCGCUUUUCCUGCCUUAUAUCGACGAUCCAACUUACUAUUUUGGGGAUUUGCAGUUGCUUGGUAUCGAUUUAAAAGAUCUGUUUGACCAUUCAUACAGUUACCAGGAGUGA